AUGGCCACAAAUAAUGUUUGUUAUUGGAAGCGACUAUGGCGUUGGACUACGUCCGAGAGUUUAUCAAAAGAGGAAGUUUUGAAAGUGCUGGGCGGGAAGGAGGUUUCAGAUGGCUUUCGAGAAGGACUGGCUAGUUAUAAGCCAUAUAAAUCAGAAGACUACGCCAAGUUACAGGGGCAACAAACUGACCAAACAAAAUUACUGGGCGUUGUGCAGAUGCUUCAGGGUCAUAUAGAUGUCAACAGCUUUCAAGUAUGGGAAAUAGUGAAAAACUAUUUAUGUGACAUAUCAUAUGGUACACCAAUAAAUGCUUUAAAAAAUGUAGCAUUCAUAGAUACUCGUCCAACAUUCCUUGCACCCAGAGUCUGGAAGUUCUAUUAUGCAGAAAGAUUGUUUCUCUUAAAGCUAUUGCAAUACAUCAUACAAUUUAAGGAUGAAUCAACCCACAUCUACAAGGAAGAGUUUACGAAGAUCAUUAAUGAUAUAGGCAUUGAUAAAAUUAAAACAUCACUAUUAUCCCAGUUCGAGAAGCUCUUGAAUACAGCUCCACCACCAAGGAAGAUACAGACUGAUUUUUCUAAUGAUUCCAUUAGACAGAACUGGGCAGAAUGUAAUUUAAGAGAACAGUUGGCUAUUCUACAAAUACUUCUGCUUAUUGCAAAUGAUAAUACAUUUACUGCUGAGGAGUUUAAAAAGUUAUUUAUGUUGUUCAGAAGACAUAGUUUUGGUAAGAACCAGGGGUACAAUGAGUUCUUGGAAGAGAGACAUAGAGAGUCAUGUAUGCGGAUAAUGUAUAUGGAGAUUUGUCUUUUUAUGGUCAUUGUGGAUUAUAUUAAAUUAGUCAACUUGUCAUCGUGGAUAGAUAGUGCAAAGGAGGUUGUGGAAUGUGAGUUGACGAAACUACAGAUGAAUUCUGAACAUAGCGCCAUGCUUCUAACUUGGAUGCUACUCACUCUACAGAGUGACAAUCACAUCAAAUUGUUUGAAGGACAGUAUCAACACUAUGGUGCCACUGCAUUACGUAUGAAAGUUUUUGAAUUUUUACAUCAAAUGGUCAAUAGUGGUGUGUUUUCAGACGAAUCUAAAUGUUCGCAAAUUGCACGACAGCGUGUGUUUCGAAUCUUAAAUGAUAUUUGCAAUAAAUUUGAUGGUGAUGGUACUAUAAGUAAUCAACCAGGCAUCAUGCAGCUAUGUUCGGAUUUAUUAAAAUCCCCGGAAUUGGCUGAACAGUUCUGGAAAUUACAUCAAAAAGAGGAUGACAUUGGCGUCGUUUCGCUAUGGAAUACCGCUUUAGAAUAUUUCCCGUUUAAUUUUAGUGCAUUGUCGAUUUUGAGCGCUGGGUUAGCUCAAGCUGGAAGGGACAGUGUUAAGAAUCUCAUGGCAGAAUUAAAGAAUCUGCCAGUAUACACAGAGAUAUACAAUCCAAAUGCAGUGCCGAUCAUGUCGGUGCAGUACGACGACGCAGUGAUUGGCCGCGACUACUAUCCCCUAGGAGACCCCUCUUACCAUAUUGAAGAGGGUUCAAAAGCCACCGUAAUGGAACGGAAAGAAGGCACCAUGAUACACUUCAGAACACCUUAUUCCUACGGUAUAGUAUUCAACAGUGAGAUAGAAAAAGUGUUGGACCAAAAGCAACAUCACCAAUAUGAUCUUGGGAAGUCGUUACAAAGGAUUUAUGAAGGUGCUAAAGUCUUGAAAGGGAUUUUGAAGAACUUGGUGGAAGAAAAGAAAAUUCCUAGUAAUUUAUUGGGACCUACAGAGGGAGUUUUUGAUGUGUUAGUGCGGUUUAUGGGAGCGGAAACACCACCGUUGCCACUGUUGGUGGAGUGCUUGGAAGUGUGCACUGCAUUAAUACCAAAUUUUUCAAAACAAAUACAUAUCAGGUUAGUAAACACAGGACUGCUGCCCCGCAUUAUGAAUCACAAGAUGUCUCACGUAGAGUACGCAAACGGUGACUCAUUCGAUUCGGCGAAAGUGGGCUCGUAUUUAAUAACAACAGAACAGCCUUCGGGAACAUAUAACUUUCUGGGAGCUUACAUUGAUAUGAUCUGCGCUUUUCAUGAGGCCAGUAACGAAGACCGCAUCACUCGAGACAUCAUCCUUCCCGGACUAGUGUUUAUCGUUCGCGAGGUAUUCCCUAACGUCAACGGCUGGAGGUACGCCAACCCUCUCGACCGACGUCUCAUGCUGCAGCGGUGCACCAAGUUCCUCACCCUGGUGCUGCAGGACACGAGGGAAGGCGACAGCGCACUACUACUGAAGAAGACCUGUAUAUACAGUCUGUUGCAUACGGAAAAUGGUCUCGAGUUGUUGCGGAUUAUUUCUUUGGGUAACGAACACCUAGAAGCGGUGAUACACAACGAAGCUAACUGGGUGAUGGGUUCCGGCACCCAAUAUAUAUCAAUCAUACAGCGUUGUGUGGCCAUAGUGAUGUUCGCUCUACGAAUCAAGUCGUUGGUGACUGACGCGAACGAAAUGACCCCGCUAGAACGACUCAUAUUCGCGCAGAACAAACAGAAGGACACUUUGAAGGUGGUCCCGAAGGUGACCAGCUAUAUAAACCAUGCGUUUAAUAAAAGUCUAGCUGUGCUGUGUUGUCGGUUGUUGAAGAGGUUUGCUGAUGGUUUCCAAAUGUCUCUGUUCGCGUCACUAGACAUGACGGCGUAUCAAGUAAGAGUGUUGUUCCUCGAUAGACUACGAGACGAAUACGAAACUACAGAACUCAAAGUAUCAAUACUAGAGUUUGUGGCAACGUGUGUCGGCACGCAGCCGGGCCUUACCGAGGCAUUCUUUAUGAUGAACCACGAGAAAACAAACGGGGAUGAAAGUGAUAAAGAAAGUAAGGAAAAGAAGGUCGAGAGUGAUAGUUUUGAAGGAAUUUUAGGGUACAUGGCUGAUUACCUUGGAACUAUUAAAGCUGAUGUGAAAUUGUUGCAAAGUCCACUGCUGGGAUGCAUCAUGGCGUUAUUCCAUGCUCUGUGGAAAAAUAACAAGCAAAUACUUGUAAAGAAAUUGCGCGAGAAUCCCAAGUUCUGGGAGCACAUGACCAGCCCUCUGUUCAAUGAAAUCCAACCCGGCCUCAGAACAUACGCACAGAUUUUCAACGUACUCGGAAUAGAAUUGUUUGUAUCCAGAGAGGAAUUAGAUGCGCAUCUCAAAGAAGUACUUGAACAGUUCUUCGACACCAACAAGAAACAUUUGGAUUCGUGGAUCGAUUACAUAUUCUCUUUUAAAGGCAGAGAUGAUAACGAAGUAGCGGAUAAAGUUCCAGUGUGGCUAGGGUUGUUAACGUCAUGGAAAGAUUUCACCACGAUAUUCUGCAAAUGUCUUCCGAUUAGUCUGAACAUAGCUCACAAAGCGAAAAUGGUCGCUCCUUGCAUGACCGCUUUACUAAACGAACUUGAUGAUUUAAAAGAUGGAAGACUUGUGGUAAUACUAGCUGAGCUGUACGUUAUAAUGCUAGCGAAUUGGAAAGACGAUUGUUUCGAUAAUCGUAAAAACAGCGCGAAACAUAUCGAUACGUUGUUGAGUAAUACUGCUAUUGUUUACGAAUGUCUACAUCCACGGGCGAUAAGAGCUAUUCUUUCAAUAUGUACUGUAGCUAUAAGUAGCCUAGAUUAUGAGAUAAAGGCAAACAGUACGACUGCGCAAAGUAUUAUACGAUCAGUGACAAAUAUUAACAGCAUAGAAUUGGAGAAAUUGUUCGGUAAUAUCAAACAGGAGCCGCAAAGUGAGCCAAAAAUAAAUGGACAUGUGAAUAAAGAUAUAGCACCAGUAGUGUUAUCAUUAGCGAUGUUAGAACAAUGCGUGGACUUGUACGACAACAUGUUCCCCGGGUUGUCGCAAUGGUUCCAAUCGAGUCGAUUCGUGAACAAACUGCUAUGUUGUUUACACACCUGUUUGCAAAAUCGAUAUCAUUACCACACAUCCCUAGCGGCAUUGCGAUGUCUCACAGCAUACGCUCGGGGUCCAUUCUCAAAAGACUUGCUCAUGAGUGAUGUAGAUCAGUUCUUAUGGCUGCAGUUGUUACCGCCAAAGUUUGAUGGUAAUAAUUCUUCGUGGAAACCGCAAGAGUGGUGGAGUGUGUAUGCGUAUAGUUUAGAUUUUAUAUCAGUGAUGUUGAUGAAGCACGACCAGUUCUUCGCUGGCGAUGCCAUAACGUUUGUGGGGGUUCACCUGGAGCAUCUGAUAGAGGCGGUGCUGCUGCCGCGCCAGGUGCCCAGUAUCGAGGCGCUGAACUUGUGCGCUUCCACUCUCAACUUGAUCGUGCAAUUGGUCAAGUUCGAGGCGAGGUGGCGCAUACAGAACAUUAGCUCGCUUACUGGCAUUAUGCGCAGCAUCAGCGCUUGCCUGUAUCAAAGCGUAACCUUCAUGAUGCGCACGCGGCGAUCUGCCGACCCUACUCUACAGACGUCAGAUGACCAAAUUGCCACUCCAGCAGUAUUACGCAGGACACUAGAAAUCCUGCACAUGUCGACGCUCUGCCUGCUAUCAUUCAGUCCAGACUUACUAUCGGUGCUAGCGGACCCUGGACUGGACCUGGAGCGAUGGCAGCCGCUGGUGGAGUUGCACUUCGGCGCUCCGAAGAUAUCUUACGAGCCGUUCCCACAGCUCACGUUCGGGACACUCGUUUCCGCUAUAUGUUUACUGACGAGAUCAUUGAAUCAUGCGUACCACGCGGAGGAGGGCAGCGGCUCGCGGUCCCCGCGCGGCGGGCGGCGGCGCGCCUGCUCGUGCAGCUCCCCCGGCGACGCCAAGCGCCUCAACCGCAGCGAGUCCCUCACCAGCGUCUCCUCCGCCACCAGCGCGCUCGCCGGCCUCGACGAACGACUCGUCGCCGGCGCGCUCGAGGCCACCACCACGCUGCUCGCAGAACAGGCGCUUCUUGCUGUACGAGAUCCACGCGUCCCCGCUCGCGACAAGCAACUGGUCCGUCGCGAACUGAGCUCCGAACUCACAAUGUUCCACGACUUCGUGCGCAAGCGCGUUCUGUGCGCCGCACACGCCCGCCCGUACCUAAUGCGGAACAAACUAGGCUCCUGGCCACUACCAGCCGACGAGGAGGAAACGAAGAGAAUAGAACAAGCCAGAAGAGAAAGAAACCCGUGCCUGGAUGAAGAAAUGUCACUGCCUCCGCCGCCACCGCCGAAACGAGCGUCGCACGACUCCAUGCGCGAGUACAUUCUCCGCAAACACUACUUAGAUAAAUGCGCUCAAACGCCCAUAAAGGGACCACCAUCCCCUGUCUCCCAUUCUACACCAACAUCUGAUAAAAAAAAGGAUAGUGCAAGAAGCUCAAAACGAGUGUCGUGGGCUGAGACUACGAGAAAUAGUGAUGACAGUCAAGAUAAUUCGUUGCAAGAAAUCGAACCUGUCUAUUCGAAUUUGACAGAUGUGCAAGUUAAUGAUGAAGAUUAUUUCCAUUUUAUGUCCGUUGUGUUUCUUUAUGUUUGCCAAAAUGAAUUGUAAUGGUAUUUUUAAGGACAAUAUACUGUUUUGCUAAUA